CGGAAGUGUAGGAUCGUGGGAGCAGAAGUUGUGGUUGUUUUCUGUCCUGCUGCUUCCACUUCCACGCAGAACCGACCUGAUUUGAACCCCCGGCGGGUAGACAGGGGGGCAGUUAAACACCGCUCGGCUCCUCCUAAACCUGCCCCGGGGGUAGCAGAACUUCCUGUCCCAGGGAAACACGACUCGGACCAGUUAAUUCUGCCUAAGGUGCCAGAACCACCUGGACGGAACCAUCAUGUCCGGCUUCGACCUGGUCCCGGUGGACGGCGGGGAUCACGUCCACCUGCCGCCCGGGAAGACGGUCGUGGGCCGCGGUCCGUUCCUGGGAGUCAGCGAUAAGAGAGUUUCCAGACAACACGGACUGCUGGAGAACCUGAACGGACAGCUGAGGCUCAAACCGAUACACCUGAAUCCCUGCUUCGUUCAGUCGUCCCUGAGCGAUGAUCCUCGGCCUCUGCAGAAAGACUCCUGGCACCUCCUCCAUCACGGAGACUUGUUCUCGCUGCUGCCGGGUCGGUUCAUCUACGAGGUGGUGGCGGUGGGCAGAGAGGAACGCACUCCCAGAAACAGCCAGAUGUUUGAAGAGGAGGAACUGAACGAGAGUCCACCUGAGGAGGUUCCGACACCAGCAGCUCCAUCAAACGUCGAGGAGACCAACAGUCCCAGCAGCAGUCCGAAACAGGAAGACUCAGCUCGAUUAAUGGAGGAUGAUCAGAGAGACGCUACUCCGUCUGUAACCAGGAGGAGAGUUUUACCUACAUGGAUGAUGGCAGCUGUAGCAGCUCCGAGGCCUUCGUCCUCCCAGAAAGCUCCGUCGGCUGUGAAAGGAGGUAAAUCGCCUGCAGUGUCAGUCAGCAGUAAACGAGCAGCAACAGCACAGGCCACGCCCACGAUAUCAUCCUCACCUGUGGAGGCGGAGCUUAGUGAGGAGGAAGAGGAAAGACCGAGGAAGAGGAUGAGGAAGAUGAGCAACAGAGAAGAAAAACGUCAGACUGAAAAGAAUAAACCUGGUAUCUUUGACCGUCAGGAUGUUCUGUCAGAAGAACCCAGCAGGUCUGAAAUCAGCGGUGAGUCUGAUGACUUCCCGGUGGUAUCAGGAAAAGGAAACACUUCGACACGGGCGUCUGAAAUCAGUGAAUCUGAGACGGACAAGAAGCCAAAAAGCAAACUCACAGCUAAAGAAGCCGAGUCCGUGGAAUCGAAUGGCUGCUCGGCGUCCAUCCAGGCUCCAUCCAAACGCCCAGUCAGGACGGUGUGUCCGUACGGGAAGGACUGCUACAGGAAGAACCCGCUUCACUUCCAGGAGUGCAGUCACCCUGGAGACACCGACUACGAGGAAGAGGAUGAAGAGGAGGAGGACCGACCAGAAUGUCCCUACGGGACCGACUGCUACAGGAAGAACCCUCUACACAGGAAAGAAUAUAAACACACCAGGAGACCAGUUCGAGCUAAACGUUGCGUCGCCAAAAACACUCUUGACGACGACGAAGAGGACGAAGGCGAAGAGUACGACGACAGCUUCAUCAACGACGACAGCGAGGACGUCAGUGACGACUCAGACUACGUCCCUCCAGACUCAGACGACGACGGCAGGGAGGACGUCAAACGGCUGCGGAGAGAAGCUGCGACUUUCCUGAAGAGGAGGAAGUAGAUUCAUGUCGGGUUCAAAGAUCUGAAGCUUCAUUUACAGCUUUGAGUGGAAACACCAACAAGUCAGACGUCUGGAUCCAAACAGCCUCAAAUAUGGGGAAAAUUCAGGGAUAAUCAGCCAGUGCCUGGUUCUGUAUCUCCAGUGAAUUUAUUAAUGAUCAGAGUUCUUCCUUCAGAGUGGGGCUAUAUCCAGAGUUCCAGGUCCUUGCAGUCCAUAGAGGUGGUCCAAGAUAUUAAUAAGUGAUCUUUCCAGUUGUCAGUAGGUCUACUCUAGAACUUUCUCCAGUUGUCAGUAGGUCUACUCUAGAACUUCCUCCAGGGGACGUUUAGUCUCACUUAGAAACACAUCUGAGUUCUGGGAAACAUUACCACCAUUUAGGAUGAUAUUCAAGUCAUUUUGGACAAUCUUUGAGGAAUUUUAAACAUUUUCUUGUCGUUAUGAACACAUUUGGACUUAUUUUGGACAGAUCUGAAAAUGUUUUAAACAAAUUUGUGUGAUUUCUCAUAAGUUUAGUUUUAUUUAAAUACUAUUUUUGAACAAUUUCUGUGUACAUUUCUGUAAGUCUUCAGAGCUGAAUGUUCUAAGUGAGACUAACCUUAAAGACUGGAAGCAGGAAAGGAGAACAUCCCCUGGAGAAAGUUCUAGAAUAGACCUACCGACAACUGUAGAAAGUUCUAGAGUAGACCUACCGACAACUAGAGAAAGUUCUAGAGUAGACCUACCGACAAGUGGAGAAAGUUCUAGAGUAGACCUACGGACAACUCUUAGGAUCACUGAUUAGACCGUCUAAAAGUGGUAAAUCUGUCUCUGAUUUGAGCGUUGAUCUCGACAGAACCAGAACCGAUCAGUUUCUCCGAUCAUGAUAAAGUAACAAUUCAGACUUUUUGUGCCUUUUAUAUGAAGAAACGUUGGCAGGUGAGCUUGUGUUCGGGGACUUUAAACAUGAUCUUUGUGACGAUGAAUGAAAACGUUUGUUCUGUUUGUAUUUUAUCUGAAUUGUAUCUGUCUGCAAAUCUGCUCUUGUGCUUUGAAUACAUCCAGUAAAACAGA